AUGCUUAAGUUAGCAAAACUCUUCCACCAUAGAGGUUUUCAUGUGACAUUUGUCAACACAGAGUUCAACCACAAGCGCUUUCUUCAAUCUCUUGGACCCAACUCCCUUGAUGGCUUGCCUGAUUUUCGAUUCGAAACCUUUCCAGACAGUCUUCCAGUCAAGCGAGAUAACUUCUUGCCUCUGUUUCUUAACCUCCUAAAAGAACUCAAUGACAGAGCAGCUUCCAGCAAUACCAACCCUCCAGUGACUUGUAUUGUUUCGGAUGGUUUGAUGCCGUUCCCCAUCACAGCUGCUGAAGAACUUGGAAUUCCUAAUGCAAUGUUCUUUACUAUUUCUGCAGGCGGGGCUCUAAACAAUAUCCUGCUAUGGUGGAGAAAGGACUUACACCACUCAAAGAGAGAUAAAGCUUCAGCUGUUGUUCUUCUUACAUUUGAUGCAUUGGAACAAGAGAUUCUGGAUGCUCUCUCAUCUAUGCUUAUCCCACCUAUUUAUACAAUUGGUCCUAUUGAAUUACUACUUGUCAAUCAGAUACCAGAAGACCCUUUGAAGUCUGUUGGCUAA